CACUCAUUUUGUACCCUGCCUUACAGCCUAGAUCAGAUCCUGAGCAAUCCACUGGGCAGUUCAGAAGUUUUCUUUUCCUCUAACCCCUCAUGUAAAGGUGCACAAGAAAGCAAGAGAGAACUAUACCACUGACAAACAAGGAGCAAUACCUGAGAGAUUUGUUCCUCAUCUCUAACCUAAUAUGUCUAAGAGAAGCAGCAUCACACCAACUGGGUCAGCCAAAGUGGAUGUGGGGUCAGAGGUUGUGGCUGUGAGAAGUGACAAGGUGGUGUUGGAUGGUACCAUUGGUCCAGCAGAGAUUGUCAUCUCUAAUGGCAAAAUAGUUGAUGUUCUGCCAAAGAGAAGUUGGGUCCGACCCAGUGGAGAGAAGGUGCUAGAUGUUGGAAACCUUGUGGUCAUGCCUGGGAUUAUAGACCCUCACGUGCACAUAUGUGAACCUGGAUACCCAGCUUGUGAAGGAUUUAAGUCAGUGACUAAGGCUGCAGCUGCAGGAGGCAUCACCACCAUUGUUGACAUGCCAUUGUAUAGCUGUCCUCCAACCACAACUCUGGCUGGCUUGGAUAGCAAGCUACAGUCUGCCAAAGGGAAGUGCCAUAUUGAUGUUGCUUUUUGGGGUGGCAUCAUUCCUGGAAAUCAGGCUGAGCUCCUGCCAAUGCUGAAGGCUGGUGUCCCUGGAUUCCAGUGCUUCUUGAUGGCCACUGGUGUGGAGGAUUUUUCCCAUGUCUGUCUGCAGGACUUGCACAUGGCAAUGAAUGAACUGCAGGACACAGACUGUGUACUCCUGUUUCAUGCUGAACAGGAGCCAAACCAUUGGAUGCCCGUACUAGAUGAUACUGUAGAGUACAGCACAUUUUUGGACUCAUGCCCUGAUUCUAUGGAAGUGGAAGCCACCCUCACCAUUGCUGAACUCUGUCUCCAGUACAAAGUGCCAUGCCACAUCAUUCACCUGUCCUCUGCUCAAGCUUUGCCCAUUAUCAAGGAUGCUCGAAAAAAGGGAGCACCAAUCACUGUAGAAACCACCCACCACUACCUUAGCCUGUCAUCUGAAUGCAUUCCCCCAGGAGCCACAUACUACAAAUGCUGCCCUCCUAUUAGGGGGAAGAGUAACCAGGAAAAGCUGUGGGCAGCUUUGCAGGAUGGGGAAAUAGACAUGGUUGUCUCAGCCCACACUCCAUGUUCCGCAGAGAUGAAAGAUUUGAACAAUGGAGAUUUUCUCAAGGCCGAAGCAGGCAUUGCCUCAUUACAAUUUGGUCUUCCUCUCUUCUGGACGUCUGCAAAACCCAGAGGGUUCUCCUUACAUGACCUAGUGCAACUGAUGUGCAAAAAUCCUGCUGUUCUGAGCAGACUGGAAGAUCGCAAAGGGUCCUUGGGCCCGGGGAUGGAUGCCGAUUUAGUAAUCUGGAAUCCAGACAAGGAGUUUGAGGUGAAUAAAGAUCUAAUUCAUCACAAACAAAAGCUGACUCCGUACUUGGGCUUCCAGCUUUGUGGUGAGGUCUUUGCAACUCUUGUCCGUGGCAGGCUGGCUUACCUGAAUGGGAAAUUUGCAUCCAAACCACAAGGAGACCUACUUGUAACUCAAAGAAAAAUGCCAAUGAGAGUCCCUUCACCUUAUUACUAGUGGAAGGAAAAGAGAAACCUACAAAGCACUGGCCAAACAAAGUACCCUGAGGACCAGAAGGAUGAGGAAUGCAAAGAAGCCAUCCCGCAAUCUGUAACGAGGACAGCUCACAAUGAGGGCAGCUGCAGAUGAUGCAGCUAUUUCCACAGCAGGUGAAUAAAUAAAUGAAUCUACAACUUCAGCUGAUAGGUCAAGGAUAUGUGAGAAAAAGAACAGAAAAAGAGACAUUCUUGAGUCAACAUCUGGUCAAAACCUCAUCCUUCCUUGCUUUCCUGUAAGAUAAAUAAAGGCAAUCCAGACCAGUGGGAAACUCUGCCCUGAAAGAUCUGGAAUAUUUUUCUGUUGUUGCUGCUUAAUCUCAAAGCAUUUAUUUUGUUAUUAUCAAGUCCACUGAACCCCAGUGCUUUCAGUGAGUGGGACAGUAAUCAGCCACAUGUGUACAAUCACUUAUCAAUAAAAGUUAUCCUUUCUUUAUGAUCAUUUGAAAGUAGAUGGUGCAGAAGCUUAUGAUGCAACAUGUCUAUCCAUGUUAAGCUAAUAGGAUUUAAUUAAAAAGGGAUGUCUGGUUAAUA